GGCGCUUUCGCCACUGCUGAAGAUGGCGGACGAUGGGGCAGCCACCGAGCAGCAGCAGCAGGAGGAGGAGGAGGAAGACGACGAAGACGAAGACGAAGCAGCGGGUGCAAGCGGGCUAGGGCGAGAGCAAGGGCCCCGUGGGAGAGGCCGGCCCCCCACCGUUCGCGAUCUGCAGCUGGCAUUGGCUGGAUUGUAUGAAGAUGAAAUUAAAAGACAGCCGUCUCAUCUUGAUAAACCAACAGCUAGAGUAGCCAGUCAUCCGAGACUAACAGUGCAAAGAAGCUUGAGGAAACCAGAAAGAAGUAUGAGUGAUGACAAGGAUAACCAAAGAUUUUGUUCGAGUGAUUCGGAGUACAGAAUUGUUGGACCAUCUAAUAUAACUUCCAGUAAAAUUGUCGAUGAACUUUUCAAAGAAGCAAGAGAACACGGGGCCGUCCCUUUAGAUGAAGUAUCAAGAGCCUCAGGAGAUUGUCCUAAAGCUAAAUCAUUUUCCGGUGGUGGAUACAGAUUGGGGGACUCAACUCGGAAACGCUCUGAAUAUAUAUAUGGAGAAAAUCAGUUUGGGCAAGAGGUUCAAAUCUUGCUUAAACUGUGGAGGAACGGUUUCAGCUUAGAUGAUGGAGAGUUGAGAUCUUACACAGAUCCAAUAAAUGCUCAAUUUCUUGAGUCUGUUAAAAGAGGAGAGAUCCCUGCAGAACUUCAGCGACUGGUGCACGGAGGCCAAGUUAACUUGGAUAUGGAAGAUCACCAGGAGCAGGAAUACGUAAGGCCUAGAUUGAAAUUCAAAGCUUUCAGUGGAGAAGGUCAGAAACUUGGAAGCCUUACACCUGAGAUUGUCAGUACACCUUCAUCUCCAGAAGAAGAAGAAAAAUCUUUUCUUGAUGCUGCUCUUUUGAUAGAUGACUCUGUGCCAACAACUAAGAUCCAAAUUCGGCUAGCUGAUGGAAGCCGUUUAAUACAACGGUUUAAUAAAACUCACAGGAUUAUAGAUAUUCGAAACUUUAUUAUCCAGUCUCGCCCUUUGUUUGCCACCACAGACUUUGUUCUUCUGACUACAUUUCCACAUAAAGAGCUUACAGAUGAAAGCCUGACACUACAAGAAUCGGAUAUACUAAACACUGUGAUUCUUCAGCAGCUAAAAUAAAUCUUGAGCCUAUUGGUGCAACAGAGCUUCUGUGAAUGGAUAAUGUUCCGUAUUCUACAACAAUGCUUGCCCCACCACCAAAAAAUGGGGAAAAGACAGAAAGCAACAGUUUCCUACUUAAAUAGUUCAGUUGACUCUUAAUAUUGUUCUGUCUUCCAGUGAUGAUUUUCUGAAUUAGAAUUCAGAAAGAUUUCUUAACAAAUGUUGAUUUUGUAUCCUCAGCUUCACGCUUAAGCUGGUGUGAAUUCACAUACUAUUUUUAUUUGACAGAGCUGGGGAGGGAUGCAGAAAGAGAUAAAACUGUCAGACAAUUUAUAAGGAUGUAAAAGCAAUUUUAUGAUGGGAAUAAAUUCUUUUAUUCUGUAGACAUAUAUGACUUGGAAUUAUGGAAGAACUUUAUGCUGCAUCGGCUAACAGCCAUUGAGAAUUUCAAUUUAGCAGUUGAGAUACGUUGAUUCUGUGACUCGGAAAUAUUCUUUUCAUAGGUUGAUGUCUUCCAUGUAUCUAGCAUGAUUUGACGCUUUUUGUAAUGUUGUGCUGGUGAAAUAUUUGGCUUAUUCUAUCAUUCUCUUUUAAUCUGAGUUAUUAGUAACAAUACCUUAACUGAGAAACUCCUGAAUAGCUAUGAAAUAUUCUUCUCCUAACUUGGUAUAUGAGUUUCCUGUUGCAAAGUACGUUGCCUAAUUUUUAUGACAGAAAUAAGAGAAAAAGAUAGUAGGGUAACAUGUUUUUAAAAGAGAAAUGUCAGGUUUAAAAGAGAGUUUUGUGAUUGUAUUAAACAUGCGGGUGUCAUGUGGGCCAUUCUGCCACUCAAACCCAGCCACUUCAUAUGGAUCAAAUCCUACAAUACCCACACAGUGCAGUCCGUCAGUGAUUUUUUUUCAGCUUCCCCCAUUUAAAUGACUGCAGAAGCUUGACCAAUGACUGGAGAGCACAAAACAUCUGGAUUGAGAAGUUGGUUUGUAUGGCUGACUGCUAUGGACUGUGUUUCCCACAGUGAGAAGUAUGUGUGAAUUAUUUCCAAGAAGCACAGACCAUGAUUUGGCAAAUUUCUGGUAAAUCCAGAUUAAGAAGGCUUUCAGUGGGGUGCCAAUUGUGGCUAGUGCUCAUGACAAUCCUCUAAUAUGAAUAAUGAGGGAGAGGCCACAAACAGAGGAGUUGUGUAGUUUAUCUCAGGUUCCCUGCGGGAGUACAGUUUGUUGCCCAUCACAACUGCUUUCAUACUUAGGGUUAUGCAGCUUCUUAAAAGCAUAACGUGAAGUAAUACAAGGAAAUAAGAGGUAGAAUUCCCUUGGGGAAAAAAUGGUAGGAAUGGUCAGUGGCGACCACAAAUAGUGGCUACUAAUCCUCCUUUGUGGGAUCUUGAACUUACAUACAGAUAGCUGUAUUCCCAAUAGCCACUUGUGUGCACAAAUCUUAAGUCUGGGAGUCUGACAGUAUUUGGUGAUACACCACUAUUUGGUGAUACACAGUCUAUUUAACUGUGUGUACAAUUUGCACCUUACCAUAUGUGACUAUUUGGCCAAUAGGAUGUUUACAGUGUAACUUAAAGACAAUUUGACUGAAACAGUUUCCUUUGAGAUUGGGAAGUUUAAAUCCUGAGAGAGUAUUUAGAAAGGUAACCUUUUAGAGAGCCUACUCACACUCCAUGUUGUUAAAAAUGAUUUUUUAAAAAAAAUUCAUUGUAGUUCCUGUAUUUUAAAGCGAGGACAUGGAGGGAAGUAUGUUUAGAGAGAAGCGAGCAUCCUUUUAGGUAUGAGAGAAUAUUCUUUUGGCUGUACUUUUUUUCUGAAUAAUUUUUGAGUUUUGUUCAUUUUGGUUAUCUUCUGGUCAGUAUAUUUUAUAUUAACUUCUUGCCCUGGAUGUUAACACACACACUUGCACUACUCAAAGAUAUCAACCUGUGUGUGUUUUUAUUUAAAAAAAAAUCUUUGAAAAGAUUUCUUAGAAAUCGAAAGAAGAUUUUGUAAGUCUGAUGUCUGCAUGAUUUAACCGAUCAUAAAAUCCCAUUGUGUGAUAAUAAAGAAUGUGUUUAAUUA